UUGCGAGGGUUGGCGUUAAGUUUAAAUCAAUUUACAGCUUUAAUAAUAAAAAGGGCAUUAUUAAGUGUACGUUCUUGGAUUAUUCUUGUUAUUUUGCUUUUAUUUCCGAUUUGUUCUAUUCUUUUGAUGUAUUUAACUGGCGAAUCAAGGAAACUAAAACGACAAGACAAAAUGGUAAUAAGUUUGGAUAAAUAUCGCAACCCCACGAUUGUUAUACAAGCAAGUAGUGCUGAUAAUAAUUCUUAUAUUUCACAAUACUUAACAAUGAUACGAAAUGAAAAUAGAAUUAUUAAUAUUUGGGGAAGUAAAAUAGUUACCAAACUUUUAAAAGAAGCUACCUUAUCUGAAACAAAUUAUAGAAAAAAGUUUGUUAUUGGCGCAUCGUCUUCAACUAAAAACGACACUUUAACUGCUUGGUACAAUAAUCAACCAUAUCAUUCUUCUCCACUUGCUUUGCAAUAUCUUAUGAACGCUAUUAUGAAAACACAAUUAUCUGAUGAUGAUUAUGCAGUAACGUUUGUGAAUUAUCCUUUAUCAUAUGCAGCAACAACAAAAAUAUCAAGAUUAGUGGAAAUCAAUAAAUAUGUUUUAGAUAUUCCUUGUACAAUUGGAGUUACUGUUGCUAUUAUAUCGGCGUUAUAUAUAAUAUUUUGUAUAAAAGAUAGAAUAACUAAUUCUAAACAUUUACAAAUGAUAUCUGGUGUUAGUAUUUAUCUAUACUGGUUAUGCACUUUUAUAUGGGAUCUUUGCACAUUUUUGGUCGCCGCAGUGUGUAUUAUAGUCAUAUUAAUUGUACUUGGAAUAGAAGGAUUUCUUUCUUUAUCAGUUAUAGGUCCUUUAUUUGUUUUAUUCCUAUUAUAUGGAUUAGCAAUGUUACCAAUGAUGUAUUUAUUUUCUCGUUGUUUUCACGAAUUCGUUUCUGCAUUUUCAAUAAUGGCAUUAAUAAAUAUGUUAUUAGGACCUAUAACAUUUAUUGUAUAUCAAAACUUUAUUUUUGCCGUGGUCGGACCUAAUUCAAUAUAUGAAACUUUACAUUGGUUCUCACUUUUGGUACCAUCUUAUGCCCUCACGAGUGGACUUCUGCACAUAAGUUACAAAAGUACGUUAUAUUAUUUAUGCGAUAUUGUUGCAAUGGAAGCUUCAAAUUACAAUGUAACCCAAAGUCAUUCACAAAGUGCUUGUGAUAUUGAAGAUAAAUGUUGUGAUUUGGAUGAAAAUUAUUUAUCUUGGGAUAAUUAUGGAAUAGGAAGUGAAAUAUGUUAUCUUAUUUUAUCAGCAAUUUUUUUUAUUAUAUUACAUCUUCUCAUAGAAAAUCGUGUCUUUUACAGAAAUAAGUCAACGACAAUAUCAUUUAAUGAUGAUGUCGUCGAUAAAGAUGUUAUAGAAGAAAAGAGGAGAACUAAUAGCGGUGAAAUAAAUUCAAAAAAUUAUCAAAUUCUUUUAAAUGAUUUAUCAAAAGUGUACGAACAAAAAUUAGUUUUGAACCAAUUAUGUCUAGGGAUACAAUUCCAUCAUUGUUUCGGAUUUCUUGGUGCAAAAGGAGCAGGAAAAACAACAAUUUUAAAAAUUUUAACCGGAGAUACUCAAAUAACCGAUGGAACUGCUUGGAUUUAUGGUUGGAAUAUCAACAAUUCCACUAAAGAAGCCUGUAAAUUUAUUGGAUAUUGUCCUCAAGUUGAUGCUGUUUUAGACGAUCUAACAGGAAAAGAAAUAUUAAUUUUUUAUUGUAUGUUAAGAGGAAUGAAACUUCGCAAUUGUAAAAUCGCCGCUCAAAUUCUUAGCAAAGAACUAGGCUUUGAAAAUCAAUUAAACAUGUUGAUUAAAAAAUACCCUUUUGGAACGAAAAGAAAACUUAGCGUCGCUAUUGCCUUAAUUGGUGACCCGCCAAUUUUAUUUUUUGAUGAGCCCACAACAGGGAUUGAUAAUUUAAGUAAAUCAAAAAUAUGGAGUGUGAUUAUCCGACAAAGAAAUGCCGGAAAAUGUAUAAUAGUAACAUCUAAAAAUAUAGACGAAUGUGAAACAGUCUGCACAAGAAUGGCGGUGAUAGUUAACGGUUCUUUAAGGUGCUUGGGUCCUCCUAAAUAUUUAAAAAGAAAAUUUUCAUUUGGAUAUACACUAACGAUUAAAAUGCCAAGCGAUUCUGAUGAAAUCCAUGUUGAACCUGUUAAAGAUUUUAUAAAAGCGAAUUUUCCAAUUGCAACCUUAAAGGAAUGUUAUCAAAACACUUUAAUCUUUUUUAUUAUUAGCAAAUCUAUGAAAUGGUCUGCGAUAUUUGACAUCAUGGAACACGGGAAAAGGAUUUUAAACAUUGAAGAAUAUUCUAUUGCUCAAUCCAGCUUAGAACAGAUGUUUCUCCAAUUCACAAAACUACAAAAUUAUGAUUAGAACAAUUAGAAAAAUGGUAUCCAGAAAUUAUAUUUUUUUUUAUUUGUGUACAAUUUAAAUAAAAUUAAAAAUAAAUU